AAUAAUGCAUCCCGAAACAUCCAGCACAAGACGAUAAAGCCGUCCAACACAAAAUGACCCAUCCCAGUCGAUAGUACAGGCUUACAGAAUAGUACAAAAGAAAUUUUAUCCUUGUGCCAUGUCGGCUUCACCUCCCAAUCCCCUCAGCCAUAGCCAGGCUUCACAAUCCCCAUCCAACUCACAAUCACAUUCGAUGACACAUCAAGAUGCCUCUUUGCAAACUCUUGUCUCGCAUCUACUUGCAGCGAAACGCUCGUUGUCAUCUAUAAGCACUGUGUGGAGGGCGAAUGAGAUAGUAACAUCCGCUCGGUCUGCAUUGGAGGAAAGCGUAGUUCUGAGUGCUAGAACAGGCUUUCUGCGAAGCGGCAUAUCGGAGCAGGUGAAGAUAUUGAGGAGAGUAAGAGGUGGUAUUGAGACUAUGUAUAAAGAUGGGCAACGAGAUUUCAAGGGCGUCAUACGGACAUUGGAUGCAGCGAACUCGAGGCUGGAAUCGACGAUGGAAAUUCUACGAGGUACAAUGGUAGAGGCAGCUUUCAGGCCCGAUGAAGAGGCACCCCGAAGCUUACUCGACUUUGUGGAUGAACAAGGAGUCGAAACUAUGAGAGAUGCUCUUAAAGAGUCCAUCAGAGAGUCGAAGGAUGCACAAACCGAGUUCGACUCCUCGAUUCUUUCCUUUGAUGACGACCUCCGAGCUCUGAAAGCUGCGAUGAAAGCCUCACCCCAACCGAGUGCCUCCCAGUCCCACAACGAUUUCUCUUCUCCGAUACCUACACUUCUGCAUACCCUCGAGAUCAAUGCCCAGGAAAUGGCAGGUCUUCUGGAUUCCCUUGUCUCGCAUUUCGACCUUUGUGUAAAUGCAGUCAGGCAUACAGAAGGUGGUUAUGCAGCAGUCCGUAAGGCAGCCUCGUCUCAGCCGCCUGGUGCAGAAGUUGUCUCUGUGUCUGGAGUCAUGAAUACAGAACAUGAUACUUCGAUGGACGAGCCUAUAUCAGACGAAGAGAGGGCAGAGAUGCUUGAUGUGCUGGAGAAAGAUGCAGCUCAGGUAGACGAGGUUGUGAUGGAGCUUAGAGAAUACCUAAACGACAUGGAAACCAAACAUGAGGCAAUCCUCGAGCACGUUUCUGUUCUUACAACAACCAAUAACGAGACAACAGCGGCUUAUCACAUGCUAGAAGCAGUCGGAACCCGCCUAUCGAACUAUAUCAUCGCUAGUCAGGAGUUCCGAAUGCGAUGGGAGGACAUCAAAAGCAACAUCCACGAACAGCUUGCAGAGCUUGAAUCCAUGCGAAUGUUCUACGAAAACUAUUUCAAUUCAUAUGAUGGACUUCUUCUGGAGGUACAUAGACGGAAGAAUUGUGAAGAUAAAGUCAAAGCAAUCAUGCGCAAAGCUAUGGAACAAGUUGAGAAGGUCUAUGAGGCCGAUAUGAAAGAGAGAGAAGGCUUCAGAGUCGAUGUUGGGGAUUAUCUGCCCGUCGAUCUGUGGCCUGAUGUAAAUGCUGCUGCUCCAAAGUGGAAGUUCGCCAUUGCAGAUGGUGAAGAUGGGAAGCAGGGUAUAGUACCAGAUCUAGACCGAGCUAUCGUUGAGGCAGCAUCAAGAAGAGAGAAAGAGAGGCGUCGUGGAGAGCGAUGAUCUUGGAUGUAUUGGCGUUAUACUGAAAGAAUAUAGAUACCCACGCAUAUAAAGCUAUGUUUU